AUGUGUUGCAUAUUCACUUGCUGUGGGUGGAUGAUCGAUCUCAUUCAAAGACUAUGGACAUUUACUAUGUCAUGCUGCAUCAGCUCAGCGGUUUGCUGCACACUUGUGACAGCGUCUAUGUCCGGAGUAGCCUUGGGCUAUAACUAUUCCUUAGCUGAAUAUAUUGAUUUGAAAGAGACCAAUGUAUCUGUUUAUUUGAAGAGGGGAGUCUUUGAUGACGACAUUGCUGACGAUAUGGACUGGAGAAGGAGUGGCCAUAUGCCAGUGAAGGGACAUAUCAAUGAUGAAAAUCUUAUCACGGGGCCUGCUGACGAUGAGCAAUCAUCCAUGAGAGCUGGGCGAAGACUGGACGACUCAAUUUUGAACUCUAACGAUAAAAAUAGUUUCGAAGGAGCUUUAAUGAAGCUAACAGCAAAACCUCCCGCUGAAAGGGAAAGUUCGACGCACGCUGAAAUUAAAAUACAUGAGGCAUUAGGUCAAUUGCCAUCGCAACACAUGCAAAUAGAUGAAUUGAAAGCUAUACAAAGCGCGAUUAAUAUGCAGAAAGCCGCUGAAGCAGAGAGACGAGCACCUCAACAACAAAUUUCUCAAGAAAGUGGAAGAAGAAUGUUACCAAGAGUUUCAAUGCUACCUCCAUUUGUGACCACACCAAGCAACUCCUUAAGACUGGCUGUUCCGGACCAAGGCUUCCAUAACCCAAAUAACUGGAGAGCUGCGAAACAUCAAUCCUAUAUUCCCCCGGAUCUUUUUGAUUACGGCGAGCGACUAACGCUUCCAACGCCUAUAACAGCGAAGCCUACUCCAAUAAGACCCAGUAGACCUAAGCCGAGACCUCAAACACCAUCAACGUUCAAGCCUAUUCCCACAACAAAACGCACAGUUAGAGUUGAGGAAGCUAUGACAAAAGAUUUUGACCAAGUUUUGGACAAAAUAGACAGAAAUCUUCUUUUGGACAAAUUUGAUGAUCCGAGUUUCAGAGAUGAAGAAAUUGCACAUAAAAUGAAAAAAGGUCCGAAUCAAAGCGAAGAAGACUACGAAGAUGAUAUAAAAGGAAUUCCAAUUCGAAGGAAAAGAAAUAUUAGACAAAAUAAAAUCACCAAAUCUAAAAGUAACGUUGAAGAUACACUUUUGUAUAAGUUAUAUUCGAGCUCAUUAAUAGAUUUGAAUGAGAUAAACAUCUCAAAAUCAACAGUUCAUGAUAAUACAAAAAUUGUCAAUACAAUCCAGAAAUUUAAUAUUAGUAGAAGUACUUUAUUGAAAUUGCUGUCGUCUUGUACUUCUUCGUAG